AUGGCCAGCAUACAUGGAGCAUCCGGCCUCCCGGCGCCUCGCCAACUGAUCUUGAAUCCUCCUCGCCCGGCAUCCGAGGAAGACCUCACUCCCGAACCGUCUGACGCCGAGGGCGAGGACGCCGAGGGCGAGGAGGAGGUCGACCUGGAUGGACCUAUGACUGGAGCGACGUCUAACAACGACAGCGACUCCGAACAGGCAGCAGACUCGGAGGACUUUGACGAUGAAGAGGACGAGGACGACGAGGACGAUGACGGCGGCGAUGCUGAGGACGAUCCCGACUUUGGAGACACCCCGAAGCGCAAGGGGCCACCAAAGAUGCCAAAGGCCAAGAAACCUGCAGCUCCUCUUGCCCAGUUCCCUAUCUCAAAGCGUGCCACCUCCGAGUCGGACGAGGAUUAUGCUGUCAAGUCGCACAAGAAGAAGUUCUUCCAGCGUUCUGGCGCAAACUCGCGUGGAACGGCAACUCCCGACACAAGCUUUGGUGACUCGGACAAUGCAUCUUGGCGCCGCGGCGCUGCUCGCAAGGUUGUCACGUAUAACGAGGCCAGCGUCGACUACGGACUCGACAGCGAGGGUGACGAGGACGAGGAGGGCGCGGUCUAUUACGACAGGGAAGCUCCUAUUGAAAACGGCAACGCCGACGAGAUUGACCUCGUCCUGUCUCACACCCGGGACGAGGAGCAUGCGUCGGACGAAAAAGACGACCCCCAGACCAACCUGAGGUUCCACAUCAAGUGGAAGAACUACAGCCACAUCCACAACACUGAUGAGGUGUAUUCCUUCCUGAAGCAAUUUAAAGGCUUCAAGAAGGUGGAAAACUACAUUCAAAAGGUCUGGCUGGUCGAGCAGGCAUACCACCACCCAUCACCAGAUGCUUGGAAGCCUUCCCGAGAGGACCUGGAACAGUACGAGAUCGACCGUGAACGCAUCAGCGAGCUCCAGGAGAGCUACAAGGUUGUCGAGCGUGUCGUCGGUGAGAAAGAAGACUUCCGUGAUGGCCAGUCUGUCACCCUUUUCCUCUGCAAGUGGACCAAUCUCCAAUACCACGAGUGCACUUGGGAGACCUAUGACGACAUCAAGGACCAGGCUCAGGCCGCGAUUGCCGAGUACCACGCACGCAUGGCUCGUUCCACUGUCCCAGCCCGCUCCCAGAACUACCCUGUUCAUGCACGACCAGCAUACCAGAAGGUUGCCGAGGACCCCGACUACUUGAAGUGUGGCGGUGCCCUCAAGCCUUUCCAGCUGACGGGUCUCAACUGGCUCGCCUACCUAUGGUGUAAGGGUGGCCAUGGUGGCAUGCUGGCCGACGAAAUGGGCCUUGGCAAGACUGUCCAGUCGGUCAGCUUCCUGUCAUAUCUCUUCCACACGCAGCAGCAGUACGGCCCCUUCCUCGUCGUCGUCCCGCUCUCCACCAUCAAUGCGUGGCAGAUGCAGUUCCGCACCUGGGCGCCCGACCUCAACGUCAUCAUGUACAUGGGAUCGGCAGCCUCGCGUGAGAUGAUCCGCCAGACCGAAUUCGGACCUCCCAAGAACCUCAAGUUCAACGUUCUCCUCACCACCUACGAGUUUAUCCUCAAGGACCGCCAGGACCUCCAGCAGAUCAAGUGGCAGGCUCUCGAAGUCGAUGAGGCGCACCGUCUGAAGAACUCGGACUCUCAACUCUAUGAGGCGCUGCAGAGCUUCUCCACGGGUUUCCGCCUCCUCAUCACUGGUACUUCCGCUGCAGAACACGGUAAAGGAACUUUUGGCCUUGCUCCACUUUGUCGAGCCCGAGCAGAGCACAAGAUCAAGGCUCUGCACUCGCAGCUGGAGACCCUGAUGAUUCGUCGUCUCAAGAAGGAUGUCGUCAAGGAGCUCCCCACCAAGUCGGAGUCCAUCCUUCGCGUGGAAAUGUCCGGUCUUCAGCAGCACUACUACAAGCACAUCCUCACCAAGAACUUUGCCGUUCUGAGCAAGGGUGGCACUCAAAGCGUCUCUCUCAUGAACGUCGCCAUGGAACUGAAGAAGGCGGCCAAUCAUCCAUAUCUCUUUGAUGGAGCCGAAGACCGUUCAAAGGCUCUCAACGAACAACUGCGUGGCCUCGUCAUGAACAGUGGCAAGAUGGUGCUCCUCGACAAGCUCCUCGCGCGUCUCAAGGCCGACGGUCACCGUGUCCUGAUUUUCAGCCAGAUGGUCCGCCUUCUCGACAUCAUCUCCGACUACAUGGCUGCACGUGGUUACGUUCACCAACGUCUUGACGGCACUGUGCCCUCGGACGUGCGCAAAAAGAGCAUUGAGCACUUCAACGCUCCCGGCUCUCCCGAUUUCGCCUUCCUUCUCUCCACCCGUGCCGGUGGUCUUGGUAUCAACCUCGAAACUGCCGACACGGUCAUCAUUUUCGACAGCGACUAUAACCCUCAGAACGACCUGCAGGCCAUGGCUCGCGCGCACCGUAUCGGUCAGACCCGUCACGUCAACAUUUAUCGCCUUGUGACCAAAGGCACCAUUGAGGAGGAUAUCCUCGAGAGGGCCAAGCGCAAGAUGAUUCUCGAAUACGCAAUCAUCAACCAGACCGACACCAGUGGCAGCCACAUCAAUGGCACCUCUACACCAAAGGAGAAGACCGGCGAUCUGUCCAAGGAGGAGCUUGCCGCCAUUCUCAAAUUUGGUGCCAGGUCAAUGUUCCAGGCCGACGAGAACGUCCAGAACCAAAAGCUUGAUGCGAUGGACCUGGACGACAUUCUUACUAAAGCCGACAACUUCGACACCGAGGCCGCAGCUGCUCCUGCCGGUACCUCGUCCGGUGGUGAGGCCUUCUUGGCACAGUUUGCAGCCAUUCAGGACGUCAAGAAUGACACGGACGACCUCAGCUGGGAUGAUAUUAUCCCUGUCGACGAGCGUGUCAAGAUGGACGAGGAGGAGAGCCGGGCGCUGCAGGCCGAAGAGAUGGCUGGCUCACGCAAGCGUGCCGCUGCUCGCGCUCCCGGAGCUUACGAAGGUAUGGACGAGGCCGAUGUUGAACCGUCUGGCAGCAAGGCGGCCUCGCCUUCCGAGAAGAAGGCCAAGGUCUCGGGACCCCGCAAGAGCAACGCCCAGCGUGCCGUCGAGCUCAAGGACCGCGACCUCCGUGUUCUCAUCCGUGGAUUGCAAAAGUGGGGUCCUAUCCGCACUCGUUACGACACCAUCGUCGACGAAGCAAAGCUCCAGGCCAAGAACCGUGUGGUCGUUAUUCAGACUUGCGACGACAUCCUUUCCCAGGCUGAGGAGGCGGUUGCGGCCCACAAGUCGGAGCUCCGAUCGAUGCAGGAGCGCGGUGAGACCAUCUCGUCUUCGCUCAGGCAAAAGGCCAUUCUGUUCACCUUCCGCGGUAUCCAAGGUAUCAACGCCGAGACAGUCGUCGCUCGCCACUACGAGCUCAAGGCCCUUGUCGAGCACUUUAAGCGUGUUGAGGAUGUUGACACCUACGCCAUCCCUCACGACAACCUCAAGCCUACCAUGAACUGGUCAGUCGAGUGGGGAGCCCGUGAGGACUCGCGCCUGCUGGUUGGCAUCUGGAAGUAUGGCUUUGGCGCUUGGGACUUGAUCAAGACCGACUCCAUCCUUGAGCUCGGCGACAUGAUCUUCCUCGACGACCCCAAGGCUGUCAAGGACGCUGGCGCUGCCAAAACUGGCAUUCCCGGCCCCAUCCACCUUGUUCGUCGCGGCGACUACCUCUGUGGUCUUAUCCGCGAGUACGAAGAGAACCGCCGUAUGCUCAUCGAGCAACAAGCGGUUAUCGCCAACAUGCCUGUCAAGGAGGGCUACGGCUAUGACCACCCACCCCUUCCCGUCGCUGUCGUUCCUGCGUCUCACAGCAGCAGCAGCAGCAGCAAGGCCAUUGCCAGCGCCGCUGCCGCCGCCUCUUCUUCAUCUGCCAAGGACAAGGGCAAGAGGAGAAAGACUCCCGAGUACACCGACUCGGAGGACGACGAGAGCUACGAGUCGAUGGACGAGGACGCGGUCAAGGAACUUCUGCGUCCCGCCAAGCGCCACCUUAAAAAGCUCAAGUCUGGUACCGAAAACCUCAGCCGGGAGGAGAAGAUUGCCGCCCUCAAGGAGUGUGUGGCUGGCAUUGGUUCGCGAAUCGACGAGGUGGUCGCGGAGAAGCAGGCGCAGGGCCAAGACGGUGGCAAAUGGAGGAAGCAUUGUUGGGUCUUUGCGUCAUUCUUCUGGCCGCGCCAGGGCGUCAACUACUCCAAGCUGAUGGACAUCCAUUCCAAGCUGGCCUCCGAAACAAGCCCAGCACCAAAGAAGCCCAAGGCCAAGCGCAAGGUCGAUGGUGGCGACGGAAGCGCGAAGAAGAAGCCCAAGGUGGAACUCGAGUAG